UGCCGAAUUGGCAAGAUUGCAACGAUGCUCGCACGCCGGGCCGUGGCACUUCUCGCGCUGGUCAGUGCAGCAGCGGACGACGCGGCGACGUCCGCUGUGCAACGGUACCCGACGCCGUCGACUGCCUCGUUUCCGAUGGAGCGCCGGGUCGUCGAAGCCAUGGUGCCCGGCGACGCCGUGCGCAACUACCAGCUGGUCGAGCGCACGGCACUGCUCGGCGUGUGCGGCCCGGAUCGCAACCGCCCCGAGUCGGGUGUGAUCGUGCACCAGACGCACUACGUCGAAGUGCCGGUGCACCAGAAGCAGCUCACGGGCGGCGAGAACGCCGCGAGCCUGCGCCUCGAAGGGCCGUCGCUCGAGUACCAAUGCAUCACGGACGACAUUGACUCGAUUUACGUCAACGAAAACUACCGGCUGCGCAAGAAGUUUGCAGGUGGCGCCCACGGCGAGGUGUGGCGGGCCGUCCGCAUCGACCCACAGAGCGUGCAGGACGAGCCGUUCAUCCUCAAGCGCGUCUUCGCCGAGCUUGGCGGCCACAUCCUACAGAGCGGACUUCGGGAAGCCCACUUUGGCGCGCGUCUCCGCAACGAACCCCACGUGACGCGCUUUGUUGAGCAUUUCUACCGCGACGGACCGAUCCCUGCGAACGGGUCUCUUCCAACCCAAGAACUCUGGCUCGUCUUUUAUGAAGAAGGCAUCUCGCUGCGACACUACAUGUACAGCAGCACGCGGGCGUCGGCCUCCGUGCUCGUACAGCCAUCGCUGUUUUGGCAUCGCAUGCGCGUCGAGCCAGGCGGCGCCGACGUGCUCCGAGAGAUCAUGCGGCAGCUGCUGCAAGGCGUUGCGGCCGUGCACGCCAAAGGCAUGGUCCACCGUGACAUCAAGCCCUCCAACAUUCUGGUCAACAACCAAGACACCCCCGUGCUCGUCAAGCUGGCCGACUUUGGCUCGGCCGUCGACACGUACGCCAACAAGGUGCUCUACGGCGAGAGAGGCCCGUCGCAGGCCGAAGAGACGCGCGAAUACCAGCCGCCGGAAGUGCUCUUGCACGGUGAUAUUCCAUACGACCCGGCAUUGCCCACGUCGUACGACAUGUGGUCGGUGGGCGUCGUGUUUCUGGAGCUCAUUCUCGGCUCACCUCACGUCUUUGCGAUCACGUCCCGCGCCCGCGCCAAGCUUGAUGUGCAUCUCCAGCACAAGAGCGACGAGACGAAGCGCAAGAGCUACCUCCUGCAUGUGUUUACCGAGUUUUGCAUUUACGAACCGCCGUCGUUGUACCGGUACCACAACGACUAUGCUCUCGUGCACAGCGACUGCAACUUUGGUACGUUCAACAAGACAAUCCAAGCGCGGGAUCCGCUCGAGCGGGGGUUCCAAGAUGCGUGGGGCCUCAAUUUACUCUAUAAACUAUUGCAAUGGGACCCCGCCAAGCGCAUCUCGGCCACCGACGCCCUGGAGCACGCGUAUUUUCAAGGCCCGUACGUCUGCCCUGAGACCGGCCGCGAGUUUUCGACGCGGCGCGAGCUCGAGGUCCACGAAGCGUACUUGGAGUCGCAGCGACACUCGACGUCCUUUGUACUGCGCAAUGUGCGCGACAUUCCGACGUCGUUUCACUGCAACUGCAAGCGGCACUUUGCGACCGUCGACGCCUGCACCCGCCACCUGCGCGCCCGCCACCACGACGCUUCAAGUGCCUUUUGCCACUAUGCAUCGGACUCGAUUCGGCAUGCAAUGCCACCAAUGUCGUUGCCGGCAACAACGCUCGACGCCGGGACCGGCGCCUUCCACGGACGCCGCCAGUACAUGGAAGACAUGGUGCUCGUGGUGCCAAGGCGAGAGAGUGGAACCAACUACGACCUCUACGCUGUACUGGACGGCCACAUGGGUCACGGUGCCGUGACGUAUGCGAAGGAGCACCUCAGUGACCGGCUGCGCUUCCACCUUCAGGCGAGCCAAGCAGGCUAUAAGACGCUGAUGAACGGUACGGUCGCUGAAGAUCUUGCGAUUCGCCAAGCGCUCGCCGAUUUGCACAGUGGAUUCCUCGCGACAAGCGGUGCCAGCGACUUUUCUGGCUCGACGCUGACUUUGCUGUUGCACUUUCCGGACGACCGACGGUUUGUGUCGGCCAACGUCGGCGACUCGCGCGCUGUGCUCUACACGCACAACGCCACUCUGAGCUCAGCGAUAUCGGUGGAUCAUUUGCCCAACGUGCCGGACGAGCGCAGCCGCAUCGAGUCGAGCGGCGGCUUUAUCGUGAUGGCUGGCGUCUGGCGCGUCAUGGGCCAACUCGCCGUGUCGCGCACGCUGGGCGACCGCCAUCUGCGGCAGUAUGUGAGCCACGACCCGAGCAUCCUCCAUUUUGCCCACCCGAGCGACGCGAGCUUUAUUGUUCUCGCGUCCGACGGCGUCUGGGACACGGUCUCUAACGACGACGCCGGGCGGUUUGUGUUUGAGCGCCUCGACCGCGACGAUUUGUACGAGAUCGCACAGGACUUGGUCAUUGAGGCCUACGUCCGCGGCAGCGCUGACAACAUGCUCGCACUCCUCGUGGACCUGCGCAGCGAGACGUGAGAUCUCUUCGUUUUAUACACAGCUAUAUAGCCUA